AAUUCCUCGCAUCUCAGUCCCUUUUUUAUUUUUCCCAAGGUACAUACCCAAGGACACCCACCGUCCAUCUCCAUCGUUCUCUUGAAUUGUUGCUUCGGUUCAGGGCCGCUCGUCUCUAGAGUUUCUUGCUCCGUCCUCGUUAGAUUCCUUUGCGAGUUCAAUUGUCUCUGCUCUUCUCUCCACUCCAUCGUAAUGGCGACCGCGACUCCCCAGGUCGGUGCUGCUAUCCCAGCUACCACCCCCGCGCCGAAACAGCUCUCUGGCCUCGAUCUCUACAGCAGAUUCGCCUUCGCUGGUGCAGUCUGCUGCUCCGUCACCCACGGUGCCCUCACUCCUGUCGAUGUCGUCAAGACGAGAAUCCAGCUGGACCCUGCUACCUACAACAAUGGCAUGAUUGGUGGUUUCCGAAAAGUCAUCCAGAAUGAGGGUGCCGGUGCUCUCUUGACUGGUGUCGGUCCGACCUUCGCAGGCUACUUCCUGCAGGGUGCCUUCAAGUUUGGAGGUUACGAGUUCUUCAAGCAACAGUCCAUCAACCUGCUCGGCUACGAGACUGCCUCCAACAACCGAACUGCUGUCUACCUGGCCUCCUCUGCCGCCGCCGAAUUCUUUGCCGACAUUGCUCUCUGCCCUCUCGAGGCCACCCGUAUCCGACUGGUCUCCGAGCCCACUUUCGCUUCGGGCCUGAUCGGCGGCUUUGGCAAGAUCUUCAGGAACGAGGGUGUCAUGGCGUUCUACAGCGGCUUCGGUCCCAUCUUGUUCAAGCAGGUCCCUUAUACGAUGGCCAAGUUCGUCGUCUACGAGAAGGUCGCCGAGACUGUCUGGCGGUCGUUGGACAAGAACACUGCUUCUGAUGGCACCAAGACCGUGGUCAACCUUGGCUCGGGUCUGAUUGCCGGUUUCGCUGCCGCCAUUGUCUCCCAACCUGCCGACACCAUGCUCUCCAAGAUCAACAAGACCAAGGGUCUCCCGGGUGAGAGCACCACCAGCCGACUUUUCAAGAUUGGAAAGGAGCUUGGUUUCCGUGGUAGCUAUGCUGGUAUUGGCGCUCGUCUGUUUAUGGUUGGUACCUUGACUGCCGGUCAAUUCGCCAUCUAUGGAGAUAUCAAGAGAAUGAUUGGCGCGACUGGUGGUGUCGAAAUCUCCAAGUAGACGCCGAGAAGACGACGGAUUUGCAUGAUUUUCAGCUCAGGGUACGGGUUCGGAGCAUUUUCAUACCUUCUUGCGUGGGCGGAUCUUCAGCAUGCAUAUCACGGCAUACCACCUCGAGCGACGCUGCGAGAAGCUUUAGACGACCGGAGCAUCUCCGAAUAGACGGUCCUGGACGGGCCUAGACGACCUUUCUUGGGGGCUGCGCCAAAAAAAUUCUUGCAUGUGAUAGACUUUGCGCGGGUUUGCUUGGGGCUGCUCGAGGGAGGCGAGAUUCCGACACGUUUCUCGAGGACCUCAAAAGCAAGACUUUCUAGAAUAGACGGUGGAUAUGUACCAACAAUUCAUUUAAUGGCCCAAGACAGUCUCGGUCUCGACUGGACCUUUCUCUGAUCGAUGGUGACCGCCAUUGAACUUGUGCCUGUGAACGCCG